UCCUCCGCGCCAACUCCGCCGCCGGCUCCCCAGGCCGCCCGCGCUCCCCGCGCGCCUCCUCGGGCUUCACGCGUCUUGCCCCGCAGAGGCAGACUCCUCCGGGAGCGGGGCCCUGCACACCAUGGCCCCCGGGCGGACAGGGGUCGGCGCCGCCGUGCGCGCCCGCCUGGCGCUGGCCUUGGCUCUGGCGAGCGUCCUGAGCGGGCCCCCAGCCGUUGCCUGCCCCACCAAGUGUACCUGCUCCGCCGCCAGCGUGGACUGCCACGGGCUGGGCCUCCGCGCGGUUCCUCGGGGAAUCCCCCGCAACGCCGAGCGCCUUGACCUGGACAGAAAUAAUAUCACCAGGAUCACCAAGAUGGACUUCGCUGGGCUCAAGAACCUCCGAGUCUUGCAUCUGGAAGACAACCAGGUCAGCGUCAUCGAGAGAGGCGCCUUCCAGGACCUGAAGCAGCUGGAGCGACUGCUCGAGCUCUGUCUUGGUACCUGUAUAAGGGGCUGGUUUUUACCCAAGUGUAAGCCUUCCCUUCCACGGAGGAGGGAAGCCUGCAGUUAUCCCUGUCAUGAGAUCUGGCAUCAGAUACUCCCUACUCCUCUGCAUGGGCAGAAGCUCCCUCCUGAGGCCCUCUCCUCCCUGAGUGUUCUCUGCCCCACUCCUGUGGGAGAGGAAGGACUGGUGAGUGGGCGCAGCUUUCAGUGCGCUCGUAUCUCCUGUGAGUGA